AUGUAUGUUUCUGGGCUGACAGAUGUACUUGUGUUUCUCCAUAUUCAAAAAACAGGAGGUUCUCAUUUUGGAGGCAACUUAGUAACUAACCUGAAUAUUACUCCGCCAUGCAUAUGUCCUAAUACCGGUCCUAAAGUUGGUGCAUGCAGCUGCAUAACAUCAAAUAAAAAAAAAUGGUUAUUUAGUCGAUAUUCUACAGGAUGGCCAUGUGGUGUACAUGCUGAUUGGACCGAGUUACAAAACUGUGUCGGAAAGGAAAUGGACAGACUAGAAGGUUUACAUCGAAAGAGGAGAUUACAUUACAUAACUAUUUUACGAGACCCAGUUAAAAGAUAUAUCAGCGAAUGGAAAGAAGUUCAACGAAAGGAGAUGACAUGGCCUUCUUUGCUGUUCUGCGAUGGACGGAAGGCAUCUUCAAAAGAGGUCCCGUCUUGUUAUACUGGACAAAAAUGGAAGAAAUUAAUCUUUGAAAAUUUCAUUGGUUGUAAAUCGAACCUAGCAAUUAAUCGACAAACCCGGAUGUUAGCUAACCUAAGUUUAGUUAACUGUUAUAAUUCGACUGGGAUGACUUCUAAAGAAAGACAAACAAAAAUAUUGAAAAGUGCUUUAGAAAAUUUAAAGAACAUGGCAUUUUUUGGAUUAACGGAAUAUCAACUAGAAACACAACUUCUUUUUGAAAUGACAUUUGAUAUAAGAUUUAAACAUUUAUUUGAGCAACACACUAACACGUAUGCAGAAAAUGCUAUUUACAGUUUGACUGAAGCACAAAUUAGUAAAAUUAAACAGCUAAAUGAUUUAGACAUUAAGUUGUAUGAAUUCGCAAAGAAAUUUUUUUUUGAACGAAUGAUCCAUCAUACUACUGGCUAUAAUAUGUUCCAUGAUUUUACAGAGUAUGCAGGUGUUGAAGAUGCUGCAGGUUGUAAGUUUAAAUUUCCAACUGAUUGGUCUUCUAGGGGAUCAAAUGAAUUAGAUGUUUCAAGUGAUGAUAAGUCGAAUAUUGAUGAUGAAAAGUUUGGCAUUCCGCAUUGUAUGCAAUGCCAGGAUAAAUUUAAUGAGUCCAAGCAUUUGAAGUUUAGGGAUGGCAUGCCUUGGCAGUUUGCAUGGUACCAGAUGUUACAUGUAUCACAACAGAUAGCUUUUUGGCUCCAGAAAGAUCUAGUCCGAAAAGAUCAAUAG